AGGAUGCUCAGUAAAAUAAAGAUAUUUUAAAUACACUGUGAGAACUAGCAUUAGGGUUAAACAUGUGCAUUACUCUGUCUAAUUUUUUUUUAAAGAUUUUCUUUCUCUCACUCUAUGACAGACUCUAUUGAAUGUGAACAAUGCCAGCAAGAUUACUGGUCAAAUGCACACAAGGAUGAAUGUGUAAAGAAGGAAAUUGAAUAUUUGUCCUAUGAGGAAACUAUGGGAAUUUUGCUAACAGCAGUGUCCAUAUUUGGUGCAUUUAUGACAAUGAUAAUAGCGAUCAUAUUUUUUAGAUAUAAAGAUACACCAAUAGUCAAAGCCAACAACUCUGAGCUGAGCUUCCUGCUGCUCUUCUCUCUGGCUCUGUGUUUCCUUUGUUCACUUACUUUCAUCGGACAGCCCUCUGCAUGGUCUUGUAUGCUGCGCCACACAGCAUUUGGGAUUACUUUCGUCCUCUGUAUUUCCUGUGUUCUGGGAAAAACAAUAGUGGUGUUAAUGGCCUUCAGAGCCACACUUCCAGGCAGUGAUGUCAUGAAAUGGUUUGGGCCUCCACAACAGAGACUCAGUGUACUUGCCUUCACUCUCAUACAGGUGCUUAUUUGUGUACUUUGGUUAACAACAUCCCCCCCUUUUCCGUUCAAAAAUCUAAAACACUACAAAGACAAGAUCAUUCUAGAAUGCCAUUUAGGCUCAAACUUAGGUUUCUGGGCUGUGCUUGGUUAUAUAGGACUUUUGGCACUUUUAUGUUUUGUUUUGGCUUUUCUGGCUCGAAAAUUGCCUGAUAAUUUUAAUGAAGCUAAAUUCAUUACAUUCAGCAUGCUAAUGUUCUCUGCAGUCUGGAUCACUUUUAUUCCAGCUUAUGUGAGUUCACCUGGGAAAUUUACUGUAGCUGUGGAGAUAUUUGCCAUUUUAGCCUCCAGCUUUGGUUUGCUGUUCUGCAUUUUUCUUCCAAAAUGUUAUAUAAUUAUGUUGAAGCCAGAGAAGAACACUAAAAAGCAAAUCAUGGGAAAAGUUAAGUGA